AGUUAGGCGUUUUGACCCCUGCCGCUAUUAAUGAGCUGAUGGAGAAGAAUGAAACUCAUUCUUAUACCAUUGCUAGUGCCGAGGGGGCUUUUCCGGCCGGGACUAAGUUUCGAUCGUUCCUCUAUCAUGCCCAGAAGUCUAUCGAUCCUCGGUCUCUGUUAGCUGGCUACCUUGCUCUUUGGCUGAAGAAGUGUGUUGUUCCAUAUCAGUCUUCAGACGCUCUACCCCUCGAGGUGCUCUUCCCUGCGGUCCAGCUAGCUUAUGGGAGGGAGCUUUCUCUGCUUCCAGCGAUGGUUGCCAGCAUCCAUUGCGGGCUUAGGGGUGUAGUUCGUGUUCUUACCCAAGUGGGUUCUAAACCCUCGACUGAGCUUACCUGCCCGAAGGUUGAGCUGCCCUACGCUUAUUUGAUGGCGUGGUUCGUUCUUCACCGUCCGGACUUGAUGUCGGCGCCCAGCGCCGUUGAUGUUCCCGUUCCUUUCCUACAGCUGUUGGAGGAGAGUAGAUGGGUUGGGAAGAAAUUUGAAGAUGUACAAAAAGAACUUCGAGUUCGCAGGAACUGGGAGUUCUUCAAAUGCUUCCCUCGCUUUUCGGGACGUUAUGGCGAGGAGUUGACUGAUAUGGAGAAACCCCGAACUAACCGGACUGCUCUCGACGUCGGUUGUUUCCGCUGGUUGGUGAACAUCCGAGUCGGGUAUCUUGUUCUCCGGGUGAAGGACCGCUGCCACAUAGAGCCUUACCUUCCCUGCCGUUUCGCACGUCAGUUUGGCUAUGACCAACUAUACGUUGGGAAUCCGAGUCGUAGUUUGCGUGUUGAGGGAGGACUCGUUGACGGCGUACGGGCGUGGUUAUGGACCAUGGUUGGCUGCACCGGGGCUCAGUUUGCUCUUCCCUCCUAUAAACGCAAGCCGAUGAUUACCUUCCUCAGCUGUAAAUGGUUCCUCUCUGCCGAUGAAUCCAUAAGUGUGAGGAGUCUUUCGGAACUAGAAUCCGAUCACUUGGUUCAAUCUGCUAUGAUGGCUGCUCGCAGGGCUGAGCCUGCUCAGAGACAGAGGAAGAAGUCCACCGGAAUUCCCGAAGGGGAGUAUGCAGAUAUAGAUACCGACCAAGCAGAACUUGAUACAGGUGGGGUAGCCGACGACCAUGGGUCGCUCGCUUCCCGUCGUGCGAAAUCCAAGUUUGGUGGCCAAACUUCGCAUGACCGCCCCGUUGGUUCUAUGAGGGGUGAUCCUUCGAAAAGGAAAAAGAUUGCCCAUAAACCUCAUGUUGAUCAGCGCUCCCAUGGGGUAGAUUCAGGAGGCUUUGCCGACGGGGAGGAAGGGUUCUUCGAGGAGGGCGAGCUUCCACCAGGUCCGGUAUUCUCUGGGGCUGACAACAUGGACUGCUUCAUGCAGCAGGUGUGCGACGCCCUUCGUGAUGGCUCCCUGGGCAUUGAUCUGAACAUCGAUCUUGGGCAGGCAGAUGGUGUUGAUCCCACCGGUUCAUUUUCAGAUAUACCUACAUCCGGUGCUGCAGGUGUUGCGACAGAAGGGCCAGACGGGGAUGGGGCCUCCCCUAUUGCAGAUUUCGAAGAGCAGGGAUAUGUUCCUGCACCGGUCUUCCCGAGACCUGACUCUGGACUGUUAGCCGAUAUGUUAGCUGAACAAGCUCCCACCGGGACUGUGAGACCACUCUUUGAGAGUGAUUCAUCCACAGGCGCUGUACCUGAUUCUGCUAUAGCUUCGGGUGUUUUCCCGCCUUCGCCUAAUACGACUGACUUGCCCACGAGGGUUGAUAUACCUUCCAUGAGCAUUCCUGUCGUUACUUCGGAGCCUGUCGAACCCCAACCCGAGGGGAUUUCCGCCGGUAUAGGUUCUCGACCGUCUCUAUAUGAGCAGGUCCAUGCUCUCUUGGCCGAUACCAAUCCAGAUGGGGAUGUCUUCCGCACUGACCUCGGCUUCUUUACUGCCUUUUAUAACGGCGUGAUUGAUAAGCUUCUGCACAGAGGGUCUUCUUUUGAUCAGUUCAGGCGUUCCUUCUCCCGUCACAUGAUGAUGAUGAGGGAAGAGGGAUAUCCGGAUUUGGCCGAUUCCUUUACAGCUGAUUUCGCUGCCCUGGAGUCAGAGAUUCGAGAGCUGAGGGAGUUGAAGGCUGGUGGAGCUCCCUCUUUUGCAUCUUCUCAGGUGGAGGAUAGGUUGACGCAGUGGCAUGAACUGCGAUCUUCCGUUGGCAGCGAGCUUCGAUCACGUGAGCGCACUGUCGAGCAGCUGAUGGCCUCUCUGGCGAGGAAAGACACCAGCAGAGCUGAGUUAGUGAGCUCCUUAGAUUCCACUCGUGCAGAGAUAGCUAGACUGAAGGAGGCCUUGGAACGCGCCGAAGAAUCUGCCGCUACCAUUUCUGAGGAACUGGUUGGGUUGGAGCGUUCUCGUGAAUGGACACUCGACAGGCUGGGAUCAGUGCAGGAGGGGUUGAUGAAGCUACGACACGAAGCCGCAGAGGUUCUCAACAGUUCCGAAGAUUCUGUCCGAGCUAGCCUGCAGGCGGAGUUCGAGCAGGACUAUAUGGACAGGCUCUCUGGUUUAGAGUCUCAUAUUCUUAGCCGUCGGUUGCCUUCGGACUAACGAGCUUUUGUUGUAUGCUUUUGACUUGAUUUAUUAAUAGAAAAUCCGCAUUUGCUUCUUUUGU